AUGUGGUGUGCCGUUAGUAACUACAGGACUUGGAUAUUCGUUCUUCUCUAUGGAUACUCUAUGGGAGUCGAGUUGAGCACUGAUAAUGUUAUCGCCGAGUACUUCUUUGACAGGUUCCACUUGAAGCUUCACACAGCUGGGAUCAUAGCAGCAUCUUUCGGAAUGGCCAACUUCUUUGCUCGUCCAGCAGGAGGCUAUGCAUCUGACAUUGCAGCCAAGUACUUCGGGAUGAGAGGGCGGUUGUGGGCGUUGUGGAUCAUUCAGACGGCCGGUGGUCUCUUCUGUGUGUGGCUCGGCCUCGCCAACACCCUCGUCACUGCUAUUGUAGCUAUGAUCCUUUUCUCUUUAGGUGCACAAGCCGCUUGCGGGGCUACCUUUGCAAUCGUUCCCUUUGUCUCCCGGCGAUCCCUAGGCAUUAUCUCGGGUCUAACCGGGGCUGGAGGGAACUUUGGAUCAGGACUCACACAGCUCAUUUUUUUCUCUACCUCACAAUUCACAACUGAACAAGGGCUAACGUGGAUGGGAGUGAUGAUAGUUGCUUGCACGCUGCCUGUGAUGUUAAUCCACUUUCCUCAAUGGGGAAGCAUGUUCCGUCCUCCUUCCACGGAUCCCGUGAAAGGUACGGCGGAGUACUAUUAUGUUUCCGAGUGGAAUGAGGAGGAGAAGCAGAAGAACAUGCAUCAAGGCAGCGUUGCGUUUGCCAUAAACGCCAAGUCUGAGGAUGGCCGCAACGCCCCUUCAACCAUCACUGUUUGA